CCCACCCACACCUGGGGCUCCUACCUAGACUACCUUUCCGUCUCCGACCUCCCCGACCUCCCCCUCGACGUCCACCGCGAGGUCCUCCGCAAAUGCGUACCCCCCGCUCAGAAGCUGCGCUUUGCGUCCGCGCGCCGCAUGGCCAAGGACAACUUCCCCGCUACCCCCCAUCUCUACGAGUCGCGGCUGCAGACCGUCAUCCGCAACAUCCGCAUGUCCGGCGAGCAGCCGUCGAAGAGCGACUACAACUUCGUGCUUGAGCAGUUCGCCGCGGUAGGACACCACCUCGGUGCGGUGCGGGUGCUGCAGGAGAUGAAGCGCAGCGGCGUCGACCCCACCAUCCGCACGUACACCUUGUGCCUGCAGGCCAUCGCCCACCGACUGACGCUGCCCGCGCGGAAAACCGUGGUGGAACGCUUGCAGAAGGAGACGAGCGAUCUGUGCCUCCAAAUCCUACACGAAAUGUGGAAUCGCCGGAUGCCGCUUUCCUCCGUUACCUUGGACCUCGCUUUCCGCAUCUUCAAGGAGACCAUGGACGAUGAGGGCUUGGACUGGCUGCUGAAGAUGGGCUACGGAAUAGACCUCGCCUGGCCUGACCGUCUCCCGCUAGAAGUCAUGAGCUCCCUCCCGCGCACCUCCUUCCCGCCUAACGUGCCCGCUCCUUCCUCCAGUACACCAGAUUUCUUCACGAGCAACAAGGCCAUGCUGCAACCCUUCUCUACGUCCGCUCUGAACACCACCAUCGACUUCCUUGGCCGAUCGGGCAACGUCUCUCGGCUUGUCCAAGCGUUCGAGGUUCUCACUAAACCGCUCCCUCCCGAGUACGCCCGGUUCGUCUCGCGUUCCUUUGACGAAGAGGACGACGACUGGGGUGAGGGAUCUUCUGCACCUCCCGAACCUCCUCAGUCCAGACCUUUGCCCAGCGCGGAGCCUAACACGACCACUUACUCGUUCCUCAUACGACAUCUCGCCCAGGCAAGGCAUACCGUGCUCGCUCGGCAUUAUCUGUGGGAGAACCUUGUCCUCUCCGAGGACGUGGACCGGCGCCUGAGAGGAGAUAUCAUUCGCGGCAUACCCUAUUCCGAAAUUGUGGCGCCGAGAUUGUCGAUCACCUAUCAACCCGUCCUAAGCGUGAUGCACCUGGCAAACAGGGACAAGGAUUUGCCGUUGCUCAGACAGUGUCUCAAGGUUUGCCAUCGGGCGGCAAAGAGGAAAAGACGAAAUCUGGAGUUCUAUCGGCGCGUGCGGGAUGAAGAGGAGGCGAAGAGGGCUUCGAUAUCCGAGUCGCAAGAUGCAGAGGGAGGUGAAACCACCCCGUUGGAAGUCCCGGCGCACUCUCCACGCCCCACCGAGCCACCGAGCUCGUCAUCCAGUCCACAAGACCUGAGUCUCUCCGAACCUAUCAAAACCUUCGAUCUGGAUCUCCAUAUCCGCAUUCUCGACAAAGAGCUGUCCCGCCUCGCUGAGCUCGAGGAACGGCUUGAGUUUGUCAUCGCGCGUACGACGCAGCGGAUCAAAGAGCGUCUUGGCCGGCGGGUGUGGAAGGGCAAGGACAUCUGGAUGCCUCGCGUCGCUGCACCUGGACGGAGCCAGUGGGAGGCGAUAGAGGGACUGACCGGAGUGAGGGAGGUCGUGGAGCGGAGGGCAAUCACCAAGGCAGAGUGGAAGCAGCGAGUCGGGUUCAAGACGGAUAUCGGGGCCCAGUGGACGCGGAAACUGCGUAGGAACAGGGCUGACAAGCCGGGGCGCGGGCAGGGCCAACGGACGUUCCGCAAGUACGGUGCAUGAUAGACUUUUCUGCAUACCGCUGUAUCCAUAGUUAUUACCCUUGCAUAAGCAUAUAAUCAUGCCUACUGGCGACAUGAGGUGGUGACGGAACGACAUGAGCCUGUCAAACGUCAAACGACAAGCAUUGCUCGAGGCUAUCUUCUCAGAUAUUACAAACCGCUACGUUUCACCGUGCUACGCUCUCAAGUCGAGAGAACCACAUUUCCUGUCCAUCGGGGCAACACACAUCAACAACCUACCCCCCGAACUCGUUGGUCUCAUCUUCGCCGCCGGCCAAGAUGAACCUCUGUCACAUCCUAUCGACGGCAAACUUCCGUUCCUGGUCCUCGCAUCGCACAUCUGCACCUACUGGCGAGCCGUUGCUCUCUCUGAGUCGAGGCUCUGGUCGCGUUGUGUGCUCGCCUCUCGCCCUGGCGGCGUCGUACCUCUCUCCCUCCCUUCUGCCUGCUUUUCCCGAUCUCGUCAGCAUCUAUUGGAUGUCACCAUCGAGCUUAAGGCUCCCAGUCUUUUCGUGGAUCCCGACGACGAGAUGCUCAGGUGCACGAAGACCAUCCUUCCACACACGGCGCGGUUGAGGAGCUUGACGGUGCAGGUCGGGUUCGAGUCAGCAUUCGCGGCCUUCCUGUGGGAGUUUAGGGACGCUCGCCCUCUGGCGCUCGAGAGACUCGAUAUCAGAUUCAAGGGUUGGAUGGACAGGGCUCGCGGUCGGGGCCAUGUUGAGGGCUUCCACGACGACCUCGAAGACGAUGCUACCGAUCUCCCCAUGUACCGCACCCGCUUGUUCGCAGCCGAAGGGGCACCGAUGCUCAAGCACAUGACGAUGCAAGGUAUCGGCGUACCCUGGAGCGCACUCGCUCCAACCUCGGCCCUUACCGACCUGGAGUUGCUGUCGACGCGCCAUGACUUGCAUCCCAAGAUGAUGGAGUUUCGCGAAUUCCUGCACAACGCUCCAUCGUUGCGACGCCUCGUGCUUGGCUACGACCCUGUCGAUCCUCCUCCGGAGGAAGAUGGGGCGCUGGCGGUCAAUCUUCCACAUCUUCGAGAGCUGAUAUGUAUCGCCGUGUCUUCGGUCACUAUCGCCAUGAUCACAGCCCCGGAACUGCGUUCACUGCAGAUCGAAGGGCUCUCCCCGGCAAGUUCACGCGCCCUUGCCACCAGACUUGCCACGUCCCCGUGUUAUCCCCAACUCGAAUCCCUCGCGCUCUUCCACCCAUGCGUGGACAGAGAGUCAUUCGCAAAGAUUGUGCGUGCGCUGCCUACCGUCACCACCUUCAAGCUUCUAGAUGUCGACAAUGGCGAGUACGUCAUCCUCCUCCUGCUGGCCAUGACGAGAUCGCAUUCCGCCUGCGCUGAAGAAGAACCAGCCCCUUGGCCUUUCUUGAAGACGCUGCAAGUCAAUGCUGUUCGCGAACGUGCUCCAAGUCUAUGUGAUCUUGUCUUCGCCCGCUAUGAUGCUGCCCUGCCGUUGCAUGCUGUGCACAUUCCGUCCCCACUGCUCCAAUUGCUGCAGUCGGAACGGGAUGGAAGUUUCAGGUGGUUAAGGGCAUACGUGAAUUUGGAGCCUUGCACCAUGGAACCUAUCCUAGCAUCGAUUCCUCGACCACGAAGAAUCCAGCGGCGGCUGGAGAUCGCUGAUGCAAGUGAUGCAGAAUACGAUACGGAAGAAGAGGAAGAGGAAGAGGACAUAGGUUCCGAGGAAGAGGAUGUUGAAGAGGAAUUGGGCGACGAGGAAGCUUAAAACAUGGAUAGACCUGUAUAGCACGCCCUACCAUGAAACUGAGAAAGCAAUGCGAUGUAAAUUAC